UUGCUUUGUUUUCUGCUAUCAAACACAGUUAUCUAACCACUAUAAUCCUAAAUCUUGAAAAUAUAAUAUUUUCAAUGGGAUUCCAAAAAGCAAUCCAAACUGCUAUUAUUCGAAGAUGUUCUCGAGCAAGACGACCAGCCCCGCUCAACUCUUUAGGAAUAGAGCAAAGAAGAGAAAUAGCUCUUCAACAACUGGGGCAGCUGAUCGAGGAAAAGGACGCAUACAAAUGCCAAAUUUGGUUUGAAACGAACGAAAAAGGUGUCCUUAAAGACGAGAUUGAAAUCUUAACAACCGAGAACGACCUGCUCAAAGAAAAAGUAGAGCUUCUCGAAAAGGAAAAGUGGAGCCAAAAAGACAUAAUUUUUGGUCUAAGACGCCAGCUGGCUAAAGAGGAGCAAUCCUUUGAAACAUCGAGAUCACUAAUAUUACAAUCACGACUGAAUAGACAAGAGGACCUAACAGCCGCUACUAAAAGAGCAGAUGCUUUAGCGCGGGAGUUAGACCUAGCUAUGACGAGGGCUAAAGAAGAUUUAGCAGCUUACAAGGAUGAGAUUGAAAAUCUCAAAAAGGAUUUUGAGAUGAAAGCGUCAUCUAUAAACAAGGAGGUAAAAAAUGUGGAAUGUGCCCUUCAAGUCCAAGCUGAAUUCCAAGAUGCUUCAACUUUUACGACUGGCAGUACGGGUAUAUGCCUCACAGAAUGGCCAAAAAAAAGGAAGGUCUCUCAAAAUCACAAAACACACUUUAUUCUUUUGCAGCUGAUCUUUUUUGUUUUAUAUUUUAACUUCCUCUACUUCUCCCGGAGCUCUGUACUAUGUUAGCAGUACUGUGAAGACCACUGUGACCAGUACCGUGAAGAGCACUGUGAACGGUACUGUGAACGGUACUGUGAACAGUACUAUGAACGGUACCGUGAACGGUACUGUGACCAGUA